GCUCUCUCGCUCUCUCUCUUUCUCAAUCUUCGUCUCUUUAGUAAGCUUCUUCAAUAUUCAACAAUGAAGAUUCAAGCUAUAGUGAGACUAUAACUCUCAAACUCAUCCUCUCACCGACGAAGAGAGUCUAAGAAAUGGGAUCUGUGUCUUUAAAGAUCGGCGAUGGAACAGCCAGAUUCCAACGAACAACGAUUUGUUCCUCCGCCGUGAACCUCCUCAUGCUGUUCUCCGUCGUCACGACGAAUCUCUUCGCCUUAUACGCUUUCUCCUCUCAUUCCCAAGCUAACUCGCCACUCGUCCACCACUCCAACAACAUCUCACUCGUCUCUCAGCAUCUCUCUUUGAUCCUCCGAGAGAUCGAUUCGUCUCAGCGCAAGCUUGCUCAGAUGGAGAAACAGAUGCUUGGAUACGAAUCCAUUGAUCUCUCUCGGCCAAACAUUGUUCCCGAGCUCAAAUUGUUCCUCCAGCGUCAUCAGCUUCCUUUGGGGAAAGAUUCGCGUACAGGGAUCACUGAAAUGGUGUCCUCCGUUGGACACUCUUGCGAGAAAUCUGCGGAUUUGCUUUCUCAGUAUAUGUCAUACAAAGUGUUUGAUAGAUGUCCUGAUGAUUGGAGCCUUGGCCAGAAGUUGAUUCUCCGUGCGUGUGAGCCGUUGCCGCGGAGGAGGUGUUUGGCGAAAACGGUGCAGAAGCAGGAUCUGAGUAGGUUUACUGAUUCGUUGUGGAGAUCUGUUAGUAACAAGAGUGUUAACUGGAGUGGACUCGGUUGCAAGAGUUUUGAUUGUUUGAAAGGUAAGAAACUUAGCCGGGAGUGUGUUGGUUGCUUUGAUUUAGGUAAUGAGAAAGAUAGGUUUGUGAAGGUUAAGGGGAAGAACGAUUUCUUGAUUGAUGAUGUGUUGGGUUUAGGAAGUGGGAAAGUUCGAAUCGGGUUUGAUGUUAGUGGUGGGUCAGGGACUUUUGCAGCGAGAAUGGCUGAGAAGAACGUGACUGUGAUCACUAACACGUUGAACAAUGGUGCUCCGUUUAGUGAGUUCAUAGCUGCGAGAGGGCUUUUUCCGUUGUUCUUGAGUUUAGACCAUAGAUUCCCUUUCCUUGACAAUGUGUUCGAUCUCAUCCAUGCUUCUAGCGGAUUAGAUGCNAAUACAUAA